GUCGGGUUCCAUGGACUAGAAGGGAUGGCAACGCGAGCAAGACUUGUAGGCUUUCUCUCAAUAUUGUGUCUUUUGAAAACAAGUAAUGGUUCCGCAACUGGAAGGCGAGGAUAUGUAGACAAAUGUUCUGUGAAGCAGGGGUUCCUAUCAAAUUCAGAUGAGAGUGGAAGGAAGUUGGGUGUCACGUUCCGGAAUGACAAUUGCUCCUUAAACUGGAACCCUGUGGGGAAGCAUGCCAUCCAUGAGGUCAGCAAUGUCACCUUCAGCCAUUUGUCCUGUGACAACCAGGCAGCAGUGGUGGUCCACUGGAUGGCCAGUCCUCUUGGAAUUGAACAUGUGAAAGGCUUUCGGGUGUAUCUAGAAGACAAGAACCCAGAGGGAAAGCAGUGUCAACACAUGAUCCUGAAAGAGCCCCGUCAGCUGAAUUUCUCCUAUAAAAAUGUAAGAAUGAGUUCACAGCCAUUUGUUGGUCUUGCCUUUGAGGCAGACUACAUGGUGAGAAUUGUUCCUUUCCCCACAUUUAUGAAUGACAGCUGCUGUCCUCCUUCAUUCCUGCGCACUAACAGCUGUGAGGUGCUCCUCGGCCCAGACAACCUUGUAUGCAAACCAUUCUGGAAGCCGAAGAUGCUCAACAUCUCCCAAAUAGGCUCCAAUUUGCAUGUGGUGUUUGACCAUGCUCCUUCUACCUUUGGUUUUGCCAUCUACAACUUGUACUACAAGCUGAGGCAAGAGGGGCCUUUCCGACUGAAACGCUGCAAGCCGGAAUCCAACCUACCCAAGACAACAUGUAUACUGCAGGAUGUGACUCCAGGAACUUAUGCAAUAGAGCUGCGAGAUGACAAUAACACCACCCGGAGACAAACCCAGUACCAUGUCAGCCAAGUCCACUCUCCCUGGGCCGGUCCCAUUCGAGCCAUGGCCAUCACUGUCCCACUAGUCAUCAUGUCUGCUUUUGCCACUCUCUUCACUGUCAUGUGCCGAAAGAAGCAACAAGAGAACAUUUACUCUCAUCUGGAUGAGGAGAGCUCAGAGUCAUCCUUGCACACCACUGUCCUCAGCACGGAUCGGCCUUGGCCUCGGCCCAAAGUCUUCAUAUGCUACUCGAGCAAAGACUGCCCCAAACAUACGGCGGUCAUCCAGUGCUUUGCCUUCUUCCUACAGGACUUCUGUGGUUGUGAGGUGGUACUGGACCUUUGGGAACACCUGCAGAUCUGUAAAGAGGGUCAAAUGUCCUGGCUGAGCCGCCGAGUGGACGAGGCCCACUUCAUCAUCAUCGUUGGCUCCAAAGGUCUUAAAUAUUUUGUGGAAAGGCGCCACAGGCGGGGAAAAGGACCUGCAAAGGAUCGAAACCGAGAUCGAGUCAAAGACCGCGCCGUUCCUAGCACCUCCGAGCUAAGUAGCCGGGACACCUUUGCGGUGGCUGUGGCCAUGAUCGCAGAGAAGGUGCGCGCGGCUCACCACACCGCAGCAGAGCUCUCGCGCUUCAUGGCCGUCUACUUUGACUACUCCCAUGAGCGUGACGUGCCCACGUGCUUGGCCCCGGUGCCUCGCUUCAAGCUGAUGGACCAGCUGCCCCAGCUGUUUGCCAGGCUCCACUCGCGCCAGCUAAGCCUCCCUGAGCGUGAGCCGCAGCCGCCCAACGUCAGCAAGCGAAACUACUUCCGCUCCAAAUCUGGCCGCUCGCUCUACGUAGCCAUCUGUAAUAUGCAUCAGCACAUUGCCCAGGAGCCUGAUUGGUUUGAGCAGCAGCUGGCUCCCCCUCCAGCCCCACCCGUCCCAGGUCCCAAACGUGGAGCUGCUUGUGCCUCCGCCCCUGCGGAAGCCUCCAUGGAGACGUGUGACUCGGGCGUGGUCUUGAACGAGGUGGUGCUGAAGCGGCCGUCAGAAAGUGACUGUCCCGUACAGACCAGUGUCUUCCCACCGGCGUCUCUUAGCCUGGCUGCUGGCUCACUCCCUGGCCUCUCCUGCAACGCUGUGGACUGUCCAGUAGAUGGCGACGGCCCCUCUCCCUCGCAAGAGGGCUCGUCCAGCCCCCCCGAAAUGCCACGGGACUCUGGGAUCUAUGACUCAUCUGUUCCGUCAUCAGAGCUGUCCAUCCCACUGAUGGAGGGGCUCUCCCCUGACCAGGCUGAUAACUCAUCACUGGCCGACAGUGUGUCCUCUUCCUCUGGUUUAGGAGAUGAGGAGAUAUCUGCGGUCAGCCCAGUGAACUGCACUCUGCCCACCAUUUGCAAAGUGGAGCUACAUCACAAUCUAGAGCCCAGUAAAGGACUGACUGCUGCUGCAACAUCUUAGCACUGCCUUUGGUAAUGUGCAGGGACACUUUAUCACUCCAGCCUGCCCACCCCAUCACUCUCACUGUGGAGCACAGCAGCCCCUCUCAGACACAGGGAUCUGUGGGGAAUUGGAAAUGGACCGAGUGCUGUAGAACCAGAUCAGGAAGGGCAGAGUGUUGUAGAACCAGAUCAGGAAGGGUCGAGCGCUGUAGAACCAGACCAGCAAUGUAUCUGCCGUAACCAUAGCAGCCCUCUCACCCAACCUCUCAGUGUCCCAUGCAUCAAGAGAUGGAACACAGUCACUACUUGGCAUCCAGCACAGCACUAGCAUCAACCCUGGAAAAGACAAAAUGGACAGUGGUGAUCAUUUUGUCAUUUGGUUUUGACUGUUGGAACGAGUUCAUGGUUUUUUUUUUUUUUUAUUUAUUGUGUUUGUCAUUUUUAUACUACAGUUAAGAGAACUAAAUGUCAUGAACGUUAAACAUGAAACGUCAAAGUGUUGUGUAGCACUUUUGAAGAGUAACAUUUAGAUGAUGGACAAUUCAGUGAAACCAUCCGUCUUCAUCCAUUUUACUUGGCCUGUUUCAGUUGUAAAGGUUGAAUCAAACAGAAAACACUGACUUUUUCAAGAUUGCCAUUAACCAGUGAUUGAUCAGUGUGAUAUUUUGAAUUGACCUUCUUUGAUUUGCCAUGUUUUACUGUGUAAAAUAUUAUCUUUGGAGUUACAUAAGUUUACAUAUAUGCCAUUUUCAGCUCUGUAAGAAACAACAGCUAGACAACUAGUAGAACUUUUUCAUUUGUUAAGUUACUCUUGUGAACUUUGCUCCACUCAAGUAUCAUGAAGCUUAGAUUAGAGAUGAUUUCUAAAUUACUGUACUGUUUUAUAGUACUGUCAUGUAGGAAGUCUUGAAUAAAUUUUCUUCAGUGUUA